CAGGAUGUAUACUCUGUUGUCUGGGCUCUAUAAAUACAUGUUCCAGAGGGAUGAGUACUGCGUUUUGAUCCUUGGUUUGGACAAUGCUGGUAAAACAACCUUCCUUGAACAAACUAAAACUCGAUUUACCAAGAACUACAAAGGGAUGAGUUUGUCCAAAAUCACAACCACUGUAGGUUUAAACAUUGGUACUAUUGAUGUUGGCAAAACUCGCCUGAUGUUCUGGGAUCUUGGAGGACAGGAGGAGCUACAGUCUCUUUGGGACAAGUAUUAUGCCGAGUCGCAUGGAGUGAUCUACGUUAUUGACUCCACUGACGAGGAGAGGCUCUCAGAGUCUAAAAAGGCUUUUGAGAAGAUGGUUACUAGUGAAGCUCUGGAAGGAGUUCCCAUUCUGGUGUUAGCUAACAAGCAGGACGUAGAGACCUGUCUGUCAAUACCUGAUAUCAAGACUGCUUUUAGUGACUGCAUUAACAAAAUUGGAAAGAGAGAUUGCCUGACACAAGCUUGCUCUGCCCUUACUGGCAAAGGAGUGAAUGAAGGAAUUGAAUGGAUGGUGAAGUGUGUGGUGAGGAAUAUUCACCGACCCCCGAGACAGAAGGACAUCACGUAAGAAAUUGCAAGUUAGCCAAGGAAUGGACACCCUCUUUCCACGCAGUUUCCUGUUCUCUUUAAAGAAGAAGAUCCACAGGAUUCCUCUUAAACCUGAUUCUUUCC